AUGGAAGCCAAGGCCAAGUCUGGGGCUCCAGCGCCCAAAGCAGCUUCUAAAACAGAGAAGAAGGACCCAGCACCCCCUCAGAAGGCAGAGCCCGCUCCUGCUACUCCUGAACCGGAGCAUCCCCCUCCUCAGGAUGGGGCAGCAGAAGCUGAGGCAGCAGCUGGUGAUGCUGCGGCCUCUGGCACAGACUCUCUGGAACACCUCAAACCGUUUCUUAUUGGUGGUGCCAUUAUUGCUGCAGGAGCCAUUUUGCUGGGAGUGUUGCUAAUGGCAAGGAGAAAUUAA